CAUUCCAUUCCAUUUUACAUUUAUUUCCAUACUGAAAGUGAAACAAUAACAUAACAGAAAGCAAAAUACAAUAUUGGAGGCACAAUCCUAAUAAGCCAAUGCUACAUUUAUUUCCAUACUGAAGUGAAACAAUAACAUCAGAAAGCAAAAUACAAUAUUGGAGGCACAAUCCUAAUAAGCCAAGGUUUGUAGCGGAGUGCCUUUAGAAGAGAAAACAAAGACAUUAAAUAAUCACAUAACUUGCAUAUAUCAGGAGGAAUGCCUCCUAUUCCUUCCUCCAUGAUGUAUACAGGUUCACUGCUAGCUACCUGUCCCAUUAUACUUGGCGGGCCGAAUGGCAAUGGGGACAUGAGACCAGACUAGGCCUAAUUGAGGAAAAUAUUUCAAUGGAGAACUAUAUACCUGCCCAGCACAAGAACCGCCGAACAACAACUAUUAAGUGCUAUAAUGUCAUUGUUUAUUUUUACACGAUGACCUUAACUUUAAGUCAGAACAACAGACAUGAGUUCAGCAAACAACAACAACAACAUCGAUCCUCGGGCCAGACAGCGUAAUUGUAAAGAAUCAAAUUCCAAUUGGCCCCAUGGAUCGGGGCCCCACUGAGCUCUAAUAACCUCCUGCCCUGUUCAUGCCCGAACUUACAAGAAGGACGCGUGACGUCGACGGCCCCGGUACAAUUCAGUGACAUCCCGGCUGGUUGUUAUGCUACCGAAAUGAAAAUGAAAACAAACUUCACUCGCUAGCUGUGCAUGGUUGUCAGAUCAGACCAUAUAGAGCUAGAGCACGGAAACAGUUUGGUAGAAUUUUACGCAUUGUAGUGGUCGUGGUUUCAUCAAGAUGGGAUGGUUGUUGAUGUUUCUUCUUGCAUUCUGCAUGAUAGGGGUGCCUAAAGUGUUGUCAUGCCGAAGUUUACGUGACGUGAAGACUACCCGAGAUGACGUGCCUCAACUUUGUCGCGACGAGGGUAUUGUGCGUUACUGGUAUGCGUCGUCAGUGGACCUAAGCGGCGACAGCAUCGAGCAAUUGCGAGGUCUGAUAGACUCUGGCUGUUCUGACAUCUUGGGUCGGUUUCUGUGCACGGCCCACUUUCCUCAACUGGAUCCUGUCCUCCAUGGCAUGUACGGCGCGGACUACUUCCUGCGGCCCUGCGCUGAAGUCUGCCAGGAGGUAUGGCGUGAUUGCCGGCUCACCGCCCGCCAGCUUGGCAUCGAACGCAAGCCGGAGUUUGUCUGCAGGAACUUUCCUUCAUACACAUGUCUGUCCCAUCUGUACCCACCGAGAGACCGACCAAUAAUCGUCAACGUCACCCGGCACAACGCGUCCAGCGUCUCCAUCCUCUAUGCUCCCCCUGGGAAUGCCUCAGCGACGGAGACGUUUCGCGUCCGCUACAACGAGACCUCACCACGGGUACAAAUUGGAAGAGAACUAUUCCACUUCAUCUCCCGAGACCAGUCGUACCACACAUUGAAUAUCACUGACCUGAAGAGCGGAGGGGGCUACAAGUUUGAAGUCACCGCCAUGAACAACUAUGGCGAAGGCCCUAAGACGUUUUUAGACGUACCGGCGUUUCAUAAUGUAUCCGACAUUAAUGGAACGGCUUGCGAAAACAUCACUGUGCCGAUGUGCCAGUCGGGAAUUGACUACAGUCAGACCGCCAUGCCGAAUAUUCUAGGCCACUGGAACCAGGAGGAUGCCGCUCUUGCGAUUCACGAAGAUUUGAUGUCAAUGGAAUGCUCCCCCUACACCCAGGCGUUCCUGUGUGCCAUGUUCACCCCUAUAUGUACCAACGGUUCCAGCAGCAAACUGCAGCUGCCCUGUAGAGAUCUCUGCGUGCAGGCGAGGAAUGGUUGCGAGGAGAUGGUGAUCAAAUAUGGCUUUUCUUGGCCGGGAAGUCUGAGGUGUGAGAGUUUGCCCAGCUACCAUGAAGGAAAUGACUGCUACCUGGGCGGUGCGCCUGUGCUUGAAGUCGGGACCGAUGAUCAAUGUGAACGCAUCACUGUGUCCAUGUGCCCAUCUGUCAUGGGAUACAACCAGACCUUGAUGCCCAAUAGUCUCGGUCACCAGACUGUGCGUGAUGCCGAGCUGCAGCUUAUGACAUUUUUACAAGUCGUUCACUACGGGUGCUCGCCUCACUUCUGGAGCUUCGUCUGUUCCUUGUACCUGCCCAGGUGUAACUCGGCCCCGGUACUGCCUUGCCGUGAACUGUGUGAGGAGGCUAGGAAUGGCUGCGCAGAGGUGCUGCGUGAAUUUGGCUUCCCGUGGCCUGAGCAACUGGCGUGUGAAGAUAUGCCGAGCCAUAAUGAUGGAGAUACUUGUUACCUGGGAGAUUUUCAGCCAAUGCCAAUGAACAAGACCGAUUUUAGUCCACCUCAGCCGAAUCAGACGACGGGUACCAUGACCAACGCCACUCUUGCCGUCAAGCCACGCCGUUAUGACACUCACGACCUUGGUGUUCCUUCGCUGUUUCGCGGCUGGGUGGAUGUCCAGAGACAGGGCGCCGCCAACGACUACUGCAGAGUGGUCACCAACUCAACCGGCGGUUACUUUUUGUCCUGCUCGCUAGCGGGGAUGAAGGGCGCCCCCACUGACCUCAACUACAACAGCACAGGGCCCUGGUUCGAUGCCGGUCACAUGGACACGUGGUACAUGAUGGACGUGAACGAAGACGGCAGGGAUGACUACUGCAGGUGCAUUGGCUGCCUGCCGACUACCCACGUCUCAUGCCUGCUGGCCGGUGAGGGCGCUUUCACGGCACAGACGCUCGACUACGAUCCAGUGCCAGGGGGCUGUCACUACAAUACGGUCAACCCGUACUUUGGACGGUAGAGGGCAUUUGGCAAAGGACAGUACAGAGCGCCACCAACGGUUUGCGUAGCGAAUACAACUUUUUAACUUGACAGUUGUUAUUAUCCUGUAUUUUCGAUCUCUUGCAUAAAUUUGUUAACACGCCCUUGGCUCUCUUUUAGAUGUAUUAGGCCUGCAUUUCGAAACUUCGUAAGUAAACUCAUAUUCACUCUCAGACACAAACAAUAAUAAAUAUACAAACAACAAACGAACAGACAAAAUAAGUGGUUUGAUGUACGAAUGAUUUAGUCCGAAAUGCUGAAAUACUUUUUACAUUGGAAAUAUUUAAUAAAAUUGGGUAAACAAAACCAACAUUUCGACAAUGUGGACUUUUGCGUGAUGUACCGAUAAUUUUGCAUGCCUACGUUAAUUUUGUAUGCAUAUAUCAAGCAAUUAAUUAUAUAUGUUUUUUAUGAUUUUAUGUUGAAGUCCUAAAAGAGUGAACAAAAAAUUAUGUGUAGUUUUGUUUGAAUUGUACAGAAAUGUUGAUACUUGUAUCUAUGUAUGAUGUUGAGACUUAUUUCUGAUUACAUUUUCAUCAAGACAAUGUUAUACGUAUUUUGAAAAGUAGGUGUCACCGUAAAUAAAUAUGAAGGUUUAUGAAAAGCAAA